AUGUCUGCGGUCCUGAAAGGAGCCCUGGCUUCAACGUACUUGCAUCAAUGGAGUAUUUAUGAAGACAUUCGCUUCAGGGACAGCAAGCUGCUGGUGGACGGCACUAACCUGGCCUUCUCCCUGUACGCCAGGUCCAACCUGGACCAGAACCGUGGCGGGGAGUACCUGGCCUUCCAGGCAGAGGUCCAGGCUUUCUUCAAGACUCUGGCCGACUGUGGAAUCAAAACGUACGUGGUGAUGGACGGAGGCACGGGCGCCAGUGACAUCAGAAUUAACAUCAGAGAGGACCGUCAAAGAGGCCUUCUCUGGAAGGCGAAGGAAGCCACUCUGAAGGGCAAGAGGAUGAGUAUCGUUCCCCCCUUUACCACGACAGUAUUCGAACAGACCCUGAACGACAUGAAGGUGCCGCUGGUCAGGUACUUCGGAGAGGCCGACGGCCAGCUGGCUGCUCUGGCCAGAGACUGGAGCUCCCCGGUGCUGUCCGGAGACACUGACUUCUACACCUACGACCUUCCGGCGGGGGUUCUGCCACUCAAACACUUCCUGUGGCAUGCAGUGGAGACUGGUCGUGGCACGAGUGACAUCCCCUGCAGGAAAUACACCACGGCCAGCUUUUGCGCCUUCUUCAACAUCGACCCCCAGCUGCUGCCCGUCUUCGCCUCGUUGGCCACGAACAACGAUGUCCACCUCAGAAAAAUGAACUGGGUCCAAUUCAUUCCAGCGGACCGCCCUGGGCAGAGUAAAAAGGCACAGACAGAGGCACAGACGGAGGCACAGACGGAGGUGCAGACGGAGGUGCAGACGGCCAUGCUGGAGCACCGGCUCCCCAGCUCCUCUCUGCGGGGGUUCUUCAGUGAGGGGACCGCACCGUCCCUGCCCGCGGAGAUGUUGAGCUGGGCCCCUGAGUGGGUCCGUGCGUGCCUGGCCAGAGGAGACCUGGGAGCUGACGUAUUUGUGCACAGGAGGAAGAUUCUCCGCAUCCAGGUGGAGCACAGCGCGCUACAGAGCUGCAACCUCACCUCGCGGCCUCUCAGACAGGUGUUGUACGGGCUGCUGCUGGGCCAGAGGGGGGGUGAGGUGGAGGAGGUUGACCGGGUCGGUCUGGAGCUCGUCAGUGUCAAGGUGCGACCGCUGGUCCAAGGAGCCGCUCAGACGCUGAGGCUGGACUCUCUGCCCCAGGCAGACCUCGCUGUGAGGCUGCAGGUGUGUCUGGAGACGCUGGGCGUGGAGGAAGAGACGCUGGAGGGAGUUCCGGCUCACCUGCGCCUCCCAGUGGCUGUGACCUGCUACUGGUGGAGGAUGGCCAGCCCUGAACUGACGCUCCUCAAAGCUCUGCUGAUGGUCAUGGUCCAAGGAGAACGGAAUAGACAGACAGGAGGGACAACAGGCUGGCAGGGGGAUACCAACCACAUCUCUCAGCCUCCAGGUUUUGUCGUGGCUCACAGCCUCAACCAAUGGCAGGCCUGCCUGAAGGACGCCUCCCAGCUCAACCUGCUGCUCUGCAAGCCCCUCCCUGAUCCCCACUUCGCCUGGUUGUACCAGGGCAGGCUGGUGCACCGGCGGCAGAAGCAGCUCCAGGAGAGGGAGCCAGUGGACAUCGUACAGGACGACCAGUUCAGGAGACUGUACAGGAGGCUCCUGGGAGCAGUGACCCAGUCAGACCCCGGGGCCAACGGGAGAGCUGGGGGGCCUGAGGCCCAGCUGAGGGCCAGCAUGGAGCACCUUCACCUCAACACCGAGGACGAGGAGGAGGAGGAGGAGCUGGGCGGGGCUGAAGACCUGGAUCAGGGCUCUGAUUGGCCGAGGGUGUCGGUUAGAACGCGCUACAGAACCAAAGACAGGAAGGACCGGUCCAGAAACCCAGAACUGGGGAGGAAGCAGGAGAGGGAGGGGUGGGGCUUCUGCAACUUCUUCAACAUCAACCUCCAGCUGCUGCCUCUCUUCUCCUCAUUGGCCGGGAACGACUACGUCAACCUCAAACAAAUUUACUGGUACCAAUUCCUUCCAGCGGACCGCCUAUAG